AAAUGUAUUAAACUCUGGAUCGAGGAACAAAGGAAACGAAUCCAUGAAUAAUUCAAAAGUAAAGUGUAAAAUCCACAAGUAAUAGUUAUAGAGAGAGAGAGAGAGAGAGACAGCGAGAGAGAGAGAGAGAGGUAGAGAAGCAGAGGAAACAAGGACGAGAGUCAACAAUUAACUUGGCCAGAAGCAAAGCCAACGCGUGCCCCACCAGAAUGGCGGCACGACGUUGCCACUUGGCCCGCUCCCGCGACGGGGGGCCGCUCCGGCAACGUACUGCUUGCAACAGACUCAAACUAUCCUCCUGCGCGAUAAUUGUGGUAGUGGUCCACCUGCUGGCCGUCUCCCAGGCCGGCAGCGAGGAGGAGACCAGCUUUGCCGGCCUCUCGGCGGAGAAUGCCGCCCGGAUGCUGGCCGGGAGUCCCGGCGAUGCGGAGAAGAGCUCCCCCCAUCACAGCGAGAUGUCCCUGGUCCUGCCCCACGACACCUAUCCCGGUUUUAGCAUCAAGAAAUUUAGGACACAUCCGGUCAAAGGGAAUGGCACGUCGCACGGCGGUGCCAGGGGCGGAACUGGGGCAGGAAGUGCCGCUUAUCACAUGCUGGACAGUGACUACUCCAAGUACUUCACGGUGCUCGAUGACGGAGUGGUGAUGACCACGGCGGACAUCUCCCCGCUGGUCAAUCGUCCCGUUCAGCUGGUGGUGGUGGAGCAGACCCCCAACGCCACCAACACCCACAACCUGCAGCUGUUCGUGAUGCACCGCAACGACAUGCUGCGGUUCUCGGGCUCCCUGCUGGACGCCAGCGGCGAGGUGCGGGAGAACCAUCCCGCCGGCACCCGGGUGCGCGGCGUGCCCCUGAUGCAGGCCUUCUCGGGGUCCAUUCUGGACGAGGAGCUGGCCAAGCCCAAGAAGGUGCGCUACACCAUCAUCGAUGGCAAUGUGGACGACGCCUUCGCCCUGCAGGAGCGCAAGGCCAAUCAGAACGUCCAGCUGAAUGCCAGGUCCCUGGUGAUUGAUGGCAACGACGAGUCCGGCGUCUGGCUGGUCACCAACCGUCCCCUGGACAGGGAGCUGCGCGCGCACUAUGACCUCUCCGUGGAGGCCUCCGAUGUGGACGGCCUGGACAAGACUGUGUCCAGGAUACAAAUCGCCGUGCUGGACGAGAACGACAACAGGCCCGUGUUCAAGUCGCAGGACUACAAGUUCGCCAUCGCCGGCCAGAAGUCCUCCAGCAUGGAGAGCAACAACAGCGUCACCUACCAGCGCUUCGCCAUCCUGGGCAAGGUGGAGGCCACCGAUGCCGACGGCGACAAGAUUGCCUAUCGCCUGCAGUCCCCCUCCAAUGUGGUCAUCAUUGUCCCCCAAACGGGCGAAAUAAUGCUCGCGGGAGAGCCCAGCGCCAGCGAGCUGCUCAUCGAAGUGGUGGCCCACGAUCUGCGGUAUCCCAGCCUCCUGAGCGCCCAGCCGGCCAAGGUCCUGCUGGAGUUCCUGGCCCCCGAGCCGGUGUCCUUCAUCAUGCAGCACCUGGAACACGACGAGGUCAAUCUGCACUCGCAUCAUCGCGAGAAGCGGCGUGUGACCCGCGCCGUGCGACCCACCAAGCGGAUCGAGUUCACCGAAGCCGACGGCGACACGGAGGGCAAGAGCGUUUUCCAGCUGGAGAAGGAGACCGACAAGGAGACCUUCAAGAUACGCGACGACAAUCCCUGGGUGACGGUGGAGACCAAUGGAGCGGUGCGCGUCAAGAAGAAGUGGGACUACGAGGAGCUUGGACCAGAGAAAACCAUCGAUUUUUGGGUCAUCAUCACGAAUAUGGGACACAAUGCGGGCAUCAAGUAUACGGACAACCAGCGUGUGAUAAUCCUGGUGAAGGAUGUGAACGACGAGCCGCCGUACUUCAUCAACCGUCCCCUGCCCAUGCAGGCGGUGGUGCAGCUGAACGCCCCGCCCAACACGCCGGUCUUCACGCUGCAGGCCCGCGAUCCGGACACGGACCACAACAUCCACUACUUCAUAGUGCGCGAUCGCACGGGCGGACGCUUCGAGGUGGACGAGCGUUCGGGCGUGGUGCGGACCCGAGGCACCGAUCUCUUCCAGCUGGACAUGGAGUAUGUGCUGUACGUGAAGGCGGAGGACCAGAACGGCAAGGUGGACGAUCGCCGGUUCCAGAGCACGCCCGAGGAGCGGCUGUCGAUUGUCGGCGGCAAGCGGGCGCCACAGUUCUACAUGCCCAGCUACGAGGCCGAGAUUCCAGAGAACCAGAAAAAGGACUCCGACAUCAUUUCGAUUAAAGCCAAGUCCUUUGCCGACCGCGAGAUACGGUACACAUUGAAGGCGCAGGGUCAGGGCGCCGGCACCUUCAACAUUGGACCCACAUCGGGAAUCGUCAAGCUGGCCAAGGAGCUGGACUUUGAGGAUCUCCGACAGCCGCACGUGUACUCGCUGAUUGUGACAGCCACCGAGGACUCGGGCGGGUUCUCCACCUCAGUCGAUCUCACCAUCCGCGUCACCGAUGUCAACGACAAUGCACCCAAGUUCGAGCUGCCCGACUACCAGGCCCACAAUGUGGACGAGGACAUACCGCUGGGCACCAGCAUACUCCGCGUCAAGGCCAUGGACUCGGACUCCGGAUCGAAUGCCGAAAUCGAAUACCUCGUCUCCGAUGACCACUUCGCCGUCGACUCUAAUGGCAUCAUCGUGAACAACAAGCAGCUGGAUGCGGACAACAACAACGCCUACUACGAGUUCAUCGUGACGGCCAAGGACAAGGGCGAGCCGCCGAAGAGCGGCGUAGCCACCGUGCGCGUCUACACCAAGAACAAGAACGACGAGGAGCCCAAGUUCUCGCAGCAGGUGUACACCCCCAAUGUGGACGAGAAUGCCGGCCCCAACACCCUGGUCACCACCGUGGUGGCCUCCGACAAGGACGGCGACAAUGUGCGCUUCGGUUUCGUCGGCGGCGGCACCUCGUCGGGCCAGUUCGUCAUCGAGGACAUCACGGGUGUCAUCCGGCUGCACAGCAAGGCCAUCACCCUCGAUCGGGACAAGUACGAGCUGAACGUCACCGCCAUGGACGAUGGCUCCUGCUGCGUGAACGGCGAUCAGACGAUACACACCUCCACGGCCGUGGUCGUGGUCUUCAUCACGGACGUCAACGACAACAAGCCCGUGUUCAAGGACUGCAGCACAUACUAUCCCAAAGUGGAGGAGGGUGCUCCGAAUGGCAGUCCUGUGAUCAAAGUGGUGGCCACCGACGAGGACAAGGGCGUGAAUGGACAGGUGAAAUACUCGAUAGUCCAGCAACCGAACCAGAAGGGAACCAAGUUUACGGUGGACGAGGAGACCGGCGAGGUCUCCACCAACAAGGUGUUCGAUCGAGAGGGCGACGAUGGAAAGUUCGUUUCGGUUACGGUGAAGGCCACGGAUCAGGGAGAUCCGAGCUUGGAGGGUGUCUGCUCCUUCACGGUGGAAAUCACGGAUGUGAACGAUAAUCCCCCGCUAUUCGAUCGUCAGAAAUAUGUGGAGAACGUCAAGCAGGAUGCCAGCAUUGGGACAAAUAUACUGCGUGUCUCGGCCUCCGACGAGGAUGCCGACAACAAUGGGGCCAUUGUCUAUAGCCUGAGUGCGCCCUUCAACCCGAAUGAUUUGGAAUACUUUGACAUCCAGGCCGAGUCCGGUUGGAUUGUGCUCAAGAAGCCACUUGACCGCGAGACAUACAAGUUAGAGGCCAUGGCCCAAGACAAGGGCUAUCCGCCACUAUCGCGUACUGUCGAAGUACAGAUCGAUGUGGUCGAUCGGGCCAACAAUCCGCCCGUCUGGGAUCAUACUGUCUAUGGGCCCAUAUAUGUCAAGGAAAAUAUGCCCGUUGGCGGCAAAGUCGUCUCGAUCAAAGCCAGUUCGGGCAUUGAAGGCAAUCCGACAGUUUUCUAUCGACUGAUGCCAGGGUCGACGGCUCAAACGAACAAGUUUCAUACAUUCUACCUGCAACAAAGACCGGACAACGGCGACACUUGGGCGGACAUAAAGGUGAACCAUCCGCUGGACUACGAGAGCAUCAAGGAGUACAAUCUAACCAUACGUGUCGAGAACAACGGAGCCCAGCAGUUGGCAUCGGAAGCGACCGUUUACAUAAUGCUCGAGGAUGUUAAUGAUGAAAUACCGCUGUUCACCGAACGCGAACAGGAAACGGUGCUGGAGGGCGAACCGAUUGGCACCAAAGUGACACAAGUGAAUGCGAUCGACAAGGACGGCACAUUCCCCAAUAAUCAGGUCUACUACUACAUUGUGGACUCGCCGCGUAACGAGGGCAAGGAGUUCUUCGAAAUUAAUCUACAGAGCGGCGAGAUCUUCACCAAAACGGUGUUCGACAGGGAGAAGAAGGGCGCCUAUGCCCUGGAGGUGGAGGCCCGCGACGGUGCCCCCUCGGCACGACCCAAUAGCAAUGGACCCAAUUCAGUCACCAAAUUCAUACGCAUUGGCAUUGCCGAUAAAAACGAUAAUCCGCCCUAUUUCGACAAAUCGCUGUACGAGGCCGAAGUGGAUGAGAACGAGGAUAUCCAGCACACAGUGCUCACAGUCACGGCCAAGGAUCACGAUGAGUCCUCACGUAUCCGCUAUGAAAUUACAAGCGGCAACAUUGGCGGCGCUUUUGCGGUUAAAAAUAUGACGGGUGCCAUUUAUGUAGCCGGCGCUUUAGAUUACGAAACGCGGCGACGGUACGAGCUACGGUUGGCCGCCUCCGACAAUCUGAAGGAGAACUACACGACUGUGAUUAUCCAUGUCAAGGAUGUGAACGAUAAUCCGCCUGUUUUCGAGAGGCCCACCUAUCGCACCCAAAUCACCGAAGAGGAUGAUCGCAAUUUGCCCAAACGCGUCUUGCAGGUGACUGCCACGGACGGCGACAAGGAUCGUCCCCAGAACAUCGUGUACUUCCUCACGGGCCAGGGCAUUGAUCCCGAUAAUCCGGCGAACAGCAAGUUCGACAUCAACCGCACCACCGGCGAAAUAUUCGUGUUGAAGCCCUUGGAUCGCGAUCAACCUAAUGGACGGCCCCAGUGGCGCUUCACGGUCUUCGCCCAGGACGAGGGCGGCGAGGGACUGGUGGGCUAUGCGGACGUCCAGGUCAAUUUGAAGGACAUCAACGACAAUGCCCCCAUUUUCCCGCAGGGCGUUUACUUCGGCAACGUGACGGAGAACGGCACCGCCGGCAUGGUGGUGAUGACCAUGACGGCGGUGGACUACGACGACCCCAACGAGGGCUCCAACGCCCGGCUCGUCUACUCGAUCGAGAAGAACGUGAUCGAGGAGGAGACGGGCUCGCCCAUUUUCGAGAUCGAGCCCGACACGGGCGUCAUCAAGACGGCCGUGUGCUGCCUGGAUCGCGAGCGAACCCCGGACUAUUCCAUACAGGUGGUGGCCAUGGACGGCGGGGGGCUGAAGGGGACGGGGACGGCCUCGAUACGCGUCAAGGACAUCAACGACAUGCCGCCGCAGUUCACGAAGGACGAGUGGUUCACGGAGGUGGACGAAACGGACGGCACGGCCCUGCCCGAGAUGCCCAUCCUCACGGUGACCGUCCACGACGAGGACGAGACGAACAAGUUCCAGUACAAGGUGAUCGACAACAGCGGCUACGGCGCCGACAAGUUCACGAUGGUGCGGAACAACGACGGCACGGGCUCCCUGAAGAUCGUCCAGCCGCUGGACUACGAGGACCAGCUGCAGAGCAACGGCUUCCGGUUCCGCAUCCAAGUGAACGACAAGGGCGAGGACAACGACAACGACAAGUACCACGUGGCCUACUCGUGGGUGGUGGUGAAGCUGCGCGACAUCAACGACAACAAGCCGCACUUCGAGCGCGCCAACGUCGAGGUCUCCGUCUUCGAGGACACCAAGGUGGGCACCGAGCUGGAGAAGUUCAAGGCCACCGACCCGGACCAGGGCGGCAAGAGCAAGGUCUCCUACUCCAUCGACCGCUCCUCGGACCGUCAGCGACAGUUUGCCAUCAACCAGAACGGCUCCGUGACCAUUCAGCGCUCCCUCGACCGCGAGGUCGUGCCCCGCCAUCAGGUGAAAAUCCUGGCCAUCGACGACGGCUCGCCACCGAAAACCGCCACUGCCACGCUCACCGUUAUUGUCCAGGACAUCAACGACAACGCACCAAAGUUCCUAAAGGACUAUCGGCCCGUGCUGCCCGAGCAUGUGCCGCCCCGCAAGGUGGUGGAGAUUCUGGCCACCGACGACGACGAUCGCUCGAAGAGCAACGGCCCGCCGUUCCAGUUCCGCCUGGAUCCCAGCGCUGAUGAUAUUAUACGGGCCUCCUUCAAGGUGGAACAGGAUCAAAAGGGCGCCAACGGUGAUGGCAUGGCCGUGAUAUCCUCGCUGCGAUCCUUCGAUCGCGAACAGCAAAAGGAGUACAUGAUACCCAUUGUGAUCAAGGAUCAUGGCUCGCCGGCGAUGACCGGCACCAGCACGCUGACCGUGAUCAUCGGCGACGUGAACGACAACAAAAUGCAGCCCGGCUCCAAGGACAUCUUCGUGUACAACUACCAGGGACAGUCGCCGGACACGCCGAUCGGCCGCGUGUACGUCUACGACCUGGACGACUGGGAUCUGCCCGACAAGAAGUUCUACUGGGAGGCGCUGGAGCACCCGCGCUUCAAGCUGGACGAGGACUCCGGAAUGGUGACCAUGCGGGCGGGCACCCGCGAGGGCCGCUACCACCUGCGGUUCAAGGUCUACGACCGGAAGCACACGCAGACGGACAUCCCCGCGAAUGUGACGGUUACCGUGCGGGAAAUACCCCACGAGGCGGUCAUCAACUCGGGCUCCGUGCGCCUGUCGGGCAUCUCGGACGAGGACUUCAUCCGCGUGUGGAACUAUCGCACGCAGAGCAUGAGUCGCUCGAAGAUGGACCGCUUCAGGGACAAGUUGGCGGAUCUGCUGAACACCGAACGGGAGAACGUGGACAUCUUCAGCGUUCAGUUGAAGCGCCGCAAUCCUGCGCUGACGGACGUCCGGUUCUCCGCCCACGGAUCGCCGUACUACAAGCCCGUGAGGCUCAACGGCAUCGUCCUGAUGCACCGCGAGGAGAUCGAGAAGGACGUGGGCAUCAACAUCACGAUGGUGGGCAUCGACGAGUGCCUCUACGAGAACCAGAUGUGCGAGGGCAGCUGCACGAAUGCCCUGGAAAUCAGUCCCCUGCCCUACAUGGUGAAUGCCAACAAGACGGCCCUGGUGGGCGUCCGCGUGGACACCCUGGCGGACUGCACUUGCGGGGCGCGCAACUUCACCAAGCCCGAGUCGUGCCGCACCAACCCCUGCCACAACGGCGGACGCUGCAUCGACACUCGGUUCGGGCCGCACUGCUCGUGUCCCGUGGGCUACACCGGGCCGCGCUGCCAGCAGACGACGCGCAGCUUCCGCGGCAACGGCUGGGCCUGGUAUCCCCCCCUCGAGAUGUGCGACGAGUCCCAUCUGAGCCUGGAGUUCAUCACCCGCAAGCCCGACGGCCUGAUCAUCUACAACGGCCCCAUUGUGCCGCCCGAGCGCGACGAAAUGCUCAUCUCGGACUUCAUUGCCCUGGAACUAGAGCGCGGGUAUCCGCGACUGCUCAUCGACUUCGGCUCCGGGACCCUGGAGCUGCGCGUGAAGACCAAGAAGACCCUGGACGACGGCGAAUGGCAUCGCAUCGAUCUGUUCUGGGACACGGAGGACAUUCGCAUGGUUGUGGACUUCUGCAAGUCGGCGGAGAUCAGCGAAAUGGAGGACGGCACCCCGCCGGAGUUCGACGACAUGUCCUGCCAGGCGCGCGGCCAGAUCCCGCCCUUCAGCGAGUACCUGAACGUCAACUCCCCGCUGCAGGUGGGCGGCCUGUACCGCGAGCAGUUCGAUCAGAGCCUCUACUACUGGCACUACAUGCCCACGGCCAAGGGCUUCGACGGCUGCAUCCGCAACCUGGUGCACAACUCCAAGCUGUACGAUCUGGCGCACCCGGGACUCUCGAGGAACAGUGUGGCCGGCUGCCCGCAGACGGAGGAGGUCUGUGCCCAGACGGAGACCACGGCCCGCUGCUGGGAGCACGGCAACUGCGUGGGGUCCCUGUCCGAGGCCCGCUGCCACUGCCGACCCGGCUGGACGGGGCCUGCCUGCAACAUACCCACCAUCCCGACCACCUUCAAGGCCCAGAGCUACGUGAAGUACGCCCUGAGCUUCGAGCCGGACCGCUUCAGCACCCAGGUGCAGCUCCGCUUCCGCACGCGCGAGGAGUACGGCGAGCUGUUCCGCGUGAGCGACCAGCACAACCGCGAGUACGGCAUCCUGGAGAUCAAGGACGGACACCUGCACUUCCGCUACAACUUGAACUCGCUGCGCACCGAGGAGAAGGACCUCUGGCUCAACUCGAUCGUCGUCAACGACGGCCAGUGGCACGUGGUGCGGGUCAAUCGGUACGGCUCUGCCGCCACCCUCGAGCUGGACGGCGGCGAGGGUCGGCGCUACAACGAGACCUUUGAGUUCUCGGGCCAUCAGUGGCUGCUGGUGGACAAGCAGGAGGGCGUCUAUGCCGGCGGCAAGGCCGAGUACACGGGCGUUCGCACCUUUGAGGUGUAUGCCGACUACCAGAAGAGCUGCCUCGACGAUAUACGUCUCGAGGGCAAACACUUGCCCCUGCCCCCCGCCAUGAACGGCACGCAGUGGGGCCAGGCCACCAUGGCCCGCAACCUGGAGAAGGGCUGCCCCUCGAACAAGCCCUGCUCGAAUGUCAUCUGCCCGGAUCCCUUCGAGUGCGUCGAUCUCUGGAAUGUCUACGAGUGCACUUGCGGCGAAGGACGCAUCAUGUCGCCCGAUUCCAAGGGCUGCAUGGACCGCAACGAGUGCCUCGAUAUGCCCUGCAUGAACGGCGCCACUUGCAUUAACCUCGAGCCCCGUCUGCGGUACCGCUGCAUAUGUCCGGACGGUUUCUGGGGCGAGAACUGCGAGCUGGUGCAGGAGGGUCAGACCCUCAAGCUGAGCAUGGGAGCCCUGGCGGCGAUCCUAGUCUGCCUCUUGAUCAUACUGAUACUGGUGCUCGUGUUUGUCGUUUACAAUCGGCGGCGCGAGGCGCAUAUCAAAUAUCCAGGUCCCGACGAUGAUGUGCGCGAGAACAUCAUCAACUACGACGACGAGGGCGGCGGCGAGGACGAUAUGACGGCCUUCGACAUCACACCGCUGCAGAUACCCAUCGGGGGCCCAAUGCCGCCCGAGCUGGCGCCCAUGAAGAUGCCAAUUAUGUAUCCCGUCAUGACACUGAUGCCUGGUCAGGAGCCCAACGUGGGCAUGUUCAUUGAGGAGCAUAAAAAGCGCGCCGACGGCGAUCCCAACGCCCCGCCCUUCGACGACCUGCGGAACUAUGCGUACGAGGGGGGCGGCAGUACUGCGGGCUCCCUCAGCUCCUUGGCCUCAGGCACGGACGAUGAGCAGCAGGAGUACGACUACCUUGGGGCCUGGGGGCCGCGCUUCGACAAGCUGGCCAACAUGUACGGUCCGGAGGCGCCCAAUCCGCACAAUACCGAGCUGGAGUUGUAAAUGGCAGGCCCCCAAGGGAGGGCCCGUGCACUAAACGGUGGCCUAAAGGAAGGAAACCUAAAGGAAAGAUAAACUGUUGGUAGAUACAAAAGUUGCAUUUAAAGAAAUCCAAUCCAAUCUCUACGAAACACACACACACACACACAUAGACACACACUCAUACAAAGAAAGCGCAACCAAAGAAAAGGCAUUGCAGAAGAAAAUCUUUAACUAAGAAAAGGAGGCAAGGAAAAUGGUAGGAGGGGGAAGUGAAAAAAUCAAACACAUAUUAUGACACGUAAAAUGACAUUUGUAUAAAUAUUUCAUCAGCAUUUAAAUUUAAACAAAUUACCAGAUACGAGAUACGAGAUACGCGAUAAUGAAAACUAAGUUAUUUUUUAGGGCAAACGAAAAGCAAACGAAAAGCGAGGAAAAUCGAGAAAAAUCGAGGAAAUUCGAAAGAAGAAAAUUGGAAAAUGUAAGAGAGAGGAGCAUACCAAAGCUUAGUUUAGGGAGCGCUUAUGAAUUUAUAUCUUUAAUUCGUGAACAGAUUUGUUGUGCAUAUUAUGUUUUAAGUUGUAAUUAUUAUUUUUAGGACUCUCCCUACGUUCUGUAUAACAUAUUCGAUGUAUUCGUAUCCAGUCAUUUAGGGAUUAAGUUCGCUCCUGAUUUCGUAUUACUUUCUAAGGAUUAAACAUUAAAGGAUUAAAACUUACAUAAAUGAAUACCCAAAGACUGUUUUCGUUCCAUCAUAACAAGUAUAUAAAUACAUUUAAACACACACACUCAC